UAGAGGAUUGUGUUUUCAUGCUUAUGUGGUGUUUAUAACAAUUAAUGAAACGUACUAGACAAGUCUUUCUGGGUUUAUUCGGCCACUGUUUGGUAAAAAUUGUUAAAUAGGACUCAGCAAAGUUGCUAAAUAAUAAGCAAAAAAUAUUAUUUGACAUAAGUUACAUCAUACUAAAAAUUCGAUUAUUCAAUUGGACUAUACUUGUAAACAGUCGACACUGGAGACUAUUAAACAUAAAUAUUUUAGAAAAUAGUCAUUUUGAUAAUGGAUGAACCAGAAAACAAGUGUGAAUUAAUGUGUAAAAGCCGUUCGAAGAAAAAUUUGAAUGUUGCCUACGUAUACGAUAUAAUAAUACGUAUAUUAAAAACUAUGGAUAAUUCCGAAAUAAAGAAUUGCAUGAAAGUUUGCUCAUUCUGGAAGGAAAUAGGAGAAUCCAUACUGAGAGGAAGGAUAACGAUUGCAGUUGAGGCCUUACCACGUGAUAUAAUUGCAAUCACGAACUUUUAUCCAGAAUAUGUUGUUCGCUACUUCAAAACACAAAAUGGCAACGUUAACAUCUUGACAGGAUAUGAUGCACAUUCGGAAGAAAACAUGGAAAGAAGCGAUAAAACUAAGACAAUACGACUUUUAUUGCAGUUGGAUGCUCAAUGUCGUAACAAUAAUCAUAUAAAGGAACGGCGAUAUUCUCAAAGGCUCAUUAAACUUCAUUCAAGUCCGUCAAGAAAACUGUUACCAAUAUGGAUCGCUGUUUUUCCUCAACUUCCCGGACUGAAAAUAAGUCGUUUCUUGUUUUCAAAAGAUGAAAUCAAAGAGAAGCUGAAACCUGGUCCCACGUGGUUUACAGAAUUGACAGACAUUUCUAAAGAAGAAACGAAAUGCGUCCUGUGGAUUGUAGAUGAAGAACUGGACAACACCUUCAAGAAGGUUAUACCACAAUGCGCAGUAAGCGGGAUAUCAGAUAUUAGUUUAGGUCGAACAUACAGAUGCAUCGUGUUUUCGGGGAGGAUGGUACACGCAUUAUCAUUUAAGCUGCCUAUAGAUUAUAGAUUACAACAAAUGAAAAUUGCAGAAUUGAAGCAAUUCAACAUUGCAUGGAACAAUUGUAUUGUGUUAUAUUUCAACAAAUACUUUAUGAAUUGGUGCAACGAUCGAUCAAACUUUCCCGAAAUUGAGAUUUUUAGUAAAGAAUUUCCGAACAUUCCAAUUUUGUUUUAUAGAAGUUGCAUAUCUUUCGGUGUGGAACACAUCCCGAAUAUUUGUGAAAACACAAGUACUAUAGAAGAAUGUACAAAAGAUGCAUCAGUUCUUGCAAAAAUUGUUUUAUUGUGGAUUGCAUGACUUGUAAUUUAGUUGUUAAAUGCAAGUUUAAGUUACUUUGUUUGAAAAAGAUGUGUGCCCCAUAUAUCAUUUUUAACUUUUAUUCAAAUCAUUCUGUGUAUUUAUUGAAGAUGAAUUGACAUUAAAACUGUAUAAAAUACGAAUGUAAUUAAAAUUUAAAUAUGACUUAAUAAACUA